AUGUCUUCGGACUAUAUCGCACCCAACAUUGACAUUUCCGAUGUAAAACUUGUGGAUAUCAUCAAACAGACAGACAGAGCAUUUCUGUGCCGAGCCCGCUGGCAAGACAAAGACUGCGUGCUCAAGGUGGCCUGGUGGUUCCAUCCGUAUAAAUGGGAUGAAAUUGACCCACGGUUUCGCUCUAUCGAUCUUCUCAAAAAUGAGAGCCGCGCAUAUAGUGGAUUGAAGGCUCGAGGCUUCUGUGAACGAGGAUCUGUUCCUGACUUGUAUGGGGUAGUUGUGGAUAUUUACCCUGAGGCGGAGGGUUGGCAGCCUGAACUCAAGAAAUUUUAUGAUAGAACUUUCCCUCAGGGUCUUGAUCCCAAGGCUCGCCCAAAUGCCCACAAACUCCAAGAACUCCUGACUGAAAUCCACGAGGCUGGGACUGUACAUCUUGAUCCCUAUCCCCGGAACAUGCUGAUUCAGGGUGAUUCAGAUCAGGUACUCUGGAUCGACUUCGAACUUGCCCAGAUAUUUGACCCAAAACACCCCAGGCUUUUUUGCCGAUGA